ACGGUGGAAGUUUGGAGUAAAUGAACCUUCGUGAGUGUAUCUGUGGAGGAGAAAAUCGAUAGGCGGCACGACGAUCGAGAGAAAAUGGCAGCUUCUUCGUCUUCCUUCUUCGCCGCAGCUUCUCAAAAGGUCGGACCAGCUGCUCGCCGCCAAAUUCUUACUCUGACGGAGGCCGCUGCCGCUAGAAUUCGAGAACUUCUUCAACAGCGCCAGCGUUCAUUCCUUCGCCUUGGCGUCAAGGCUCGCGGCUGCAAUGGCUUAUCCUAUACUCUCAACUAUGCAGAUGAGAAGGGGAAAUUUGAUGAGCUGGUUGAGGAUAAGGACGUGAAGAUAUUGGUUGAUCCAAAGGCGCUGAUGCAUGUAAUAGGAACAAAGAUGGACUUUGUAGAUGACAAACUGAGAUCCGAGUUCAUCUUUAUCAAUCCAAAUUCUAAAGGACAAUGUGGGUGUGGGGAGUCGUUUAUGACAACAGGCAGUGCCAAAGGCAGUUGAACAUUGAGCAACUACACCAAGAGAGUGAAACAGUUGUAUGUACAUAUUGUUGAGUGCAGUGGCUAAAUAAGUUCUGAGGUCAGUGAUCAAAUUCUCCCACUACGUUCUCUUGUUCUGGGAUUUGGUGGUUGAGAUCAUAGGAUAAGA